UUAAUUUUUUUUUUUUUUUUUCAAUUUUUCAAACUGGUACGCGAUUUCGCAAUUGAAAACGCAUUAGUCGGGACAGAGCAUGAGACUUGAGAAAAACAUAUUCCACCAAAACGCAGAACUUAAAAAUGUCGUUGACUACAGCCGAGAGAAAAUAACAGCGUUUCGACCACCUAAAAUUUGCUGCAUUUGUUAAUUUCCUUUUUGAUUCAUAUAUAGCGUUUACCCGGCGUUAAAUCUUGAAAUGUACUGAUGCUUUACAACCCUCUCCCCUCGCCUGAAAGAACUUUUCAGCCCCAUGAACCAAUCCCUGUAGAAGGUCACACGAGAAUGUUUCGUGUGUUUAGCAAAGUCUUGUGAGUUUGGUUCGAGUAUCGAGAAAGCAAAUCAUAAAAUAGGCUUUAUAGCCCGAUGAAGCUGAACUGUUAAAAAUUCCCGAUGAAAGAUUUUUAUUUCCGCCGCUCUCUUCCCCGAACGUCACGCGAAAUGCGUUGAUGGAAAGAAAAGCGAGGGAGACCUGGCGCUAGGCACUUGGGAAAAUGGCGCUCGACGGUCAAGUGACUUAUUUGUCAACAGAAUCCGCGGCAGAAUUUCAAAGGCCAAGAACUCCAAGACGAAGCCCAAGGCUGAGAAUGUACGAGGAAGAAGAGGAACAAAUAGAAAGCGAAGGAGUGCGAUCAAAUUCGGGAAUGAGAGCGCCGAUCAUUGGGUAUGAGGUGGUUGAUCAACGACAAAAGUUCACGGUUUACAAGAUAGAAGUUAAAGGUUCCCAGAGAAGUUGGUUUGUUUUCCGACGUUAUACCGAUUUCACACGUCUUAAUGACAGGUUAAAGGCAGCUUAUCCAGACUUCCAAAUCAGGCUUCCAGGCAAACGUUGGUUCAAGGACAACUUUGACCUAGCAUUCAUAGAAGAAAGAGCAAGAGGAUUACAAUUUUUUAUUAACAACAUAUUGAAUCAUUCUGGAAUUUCAAAGAGUGUUGAGGUGCAAGAAUUCUUCUGCCUGAAUGAUCCUCCUGGUCCUUAUGAUAGCCUAGAAGAAAGCCGGGCUUACUGUCAACACUUAGAAAGUCAAACUGAGGACUUGAAACAGAAGGUAGAUGAACUUACAGCAGAACUCAAAAUGACAAAAUCUCAACUAGUACAGGCCCGAGUACAGCAGGAAGCACUAGUGAGUGCUUUGAGAUCAGAGCGAACUUUAAGAAAGAAAGGAUCAGCUGAAAAUGGCAAUAAUUCUGCUCAGAUCGAUGAGUUGAUGGAAGAAAGUGAAAAAAUGGCAAAUGUUGCUGGUCUUAGAGGAAAGGUUUUCAACUUGUCAACAAGACAUCGAACUAACAGCAAAGGAAAGAUUGCCGGUACCACUGGAGGUGAAACUGAAGAAGACAAAACCCCAUGGGUUGGAAGUGUUGAGAUUACUGAACACUCCAGCGGCGCUGACAGAAUGAGAUCCUCGAGGCUGGUCAGACGGCUUUCAACAGAAAAGAGAAACCCUCGCACGUCAACACCAGUUUCAAAUUCAGCUCAUGACAAUUCAAUGUCCCCAGAAACUUCAGAAAUGGAUGCCAAGAAAGAACGAGAAGAAUCUGAGACAAUUGGCGAAAAGUCUGAAAACUCUGACUCUUCAAACAUUUUGUUGGAUAAGAGCAAGAAGGACACAAGUGAGGAAGGUAGUGAUCAUCAAACAGUGUUGACAAAUAUGCCCAGCAAGGAACCAAGAGCACAUUCCAGUAAAAGAGACAGUGGAAUAAGUGUUGAUGCCUCUCCUACUCCAAGCACAUAAACUAAUGUGUAGUAGAAUGUGGUUAUAAAAAUAAGUUUGUAAGGAGAUUUACAUGUCUAACAACAAAGUGACACUUGAGGCUGCUUGAAGAAUGUGUAUGCCAUCUAAGGGAUUCCUUAAUGCCUCUUAAUCAAAUGCUUAGUUCCUUGCCCCCGAGUGGGGGAUAGGGCCGGAAAUAACCAAAAUCAAAUGGCAAUUUGAAAUUGUGGUGUAACCUCAACAAUAACAGUAUAUCGCUUUGUCCACCAAUGAGAGCAGACAGAUAUUGAGCUCAAAGCUAUGACCUGUGUUCCACCAGGAACAAAGAGGAUUGAGUGAGUGUGAGUGAUAUAAUCUGCUACUAAGUAACAAUCUCUUUUUUUUUUCAGAAAUUGGAAACUGAAACUGAAAAUGAAUUAAAGACUCCACUGUCUAGUUGAAUUUUUUGAAGUAGAAAUAGUAGCUGAUGCCUAGACCUUCAUUUACCAUUUUCCUUAAAAUGAAAUAUGAAUUGUUCAGAUUCAAAAUCAUUUUCAAAAUUUAAAAUGAAGUUAUAAGUCUAUUUCAUUUUGAUAUAAAAGAAAACUAUAGAGAGCUAAAGCAUUCUGAACAUUUCAUUUUCUGGUACUAUGGGAAAUGAAAAAUUAAUGUUUCAAUGAGUUUGUUUUGGUUGUUCUAUGUAAUUUUUUGGCAUUAUAUUUCACUGUCCAUUUGAUUAUAUCAGGUACAUGUAACUUGUCUCACAUGAUAGAGAUUACGUGGCAAUAAAUCAGUGUGUAUAUUUCAGUUCUUUAGUUUCUGCUUUUAUUAAUUGACCUAUUGUUUGCAGUAUUUUGUUAUAUUUUGUACAAAGGGUUCACAAAGAGCUGUACAAAAUUGUUCUGAUCAAUUAAUAAUAAUUAUUAGACUUCCAGAUAGAAAAUCAAUCAAUCACUGGUUCUCAAUCCCUGUCAGUUGGCCUAAUGUUGUGUUCUGUUCUGUUACAGAGUAUUGCUUUGAAAAAAAAAGAACUUGAGUCAGUUUGGGGGUAAACAUGGAUAGAAAGUUGAUCACAGCCUUGGUUCAUUAAACAACUUACCAAUUCACUCAAUGUUAUUGCAGUACUUUUGUAAUUAGUUUAUUUGCAAUAUUUCUACCAAUUCUUAUAUGUCAGUACUUAAUUCAGUUUUCGCUUUAAUUUGAAAGGAUAGGAUCUACUGGCAACAUUUGAAAAUAUACAGUGUUUCACAACUUUGACUGACUUUAACUGUUUUGAUAUAAUUUUCUCAGGUUUUACUGAGAGCAAGAUGAUUUUGUACACAUCCUAAGUGUGUCAAAAACCAAUUUGCCAUCCCUGAACCUAUUGUUUAUUAUUGAAACUGUCUAUAUGCUUGCUGUUCUUUUUAUGUUAUAGUUAGCAUGGUUUUCUUUUACUUGAAUUUUCUACAUAACUGAUUUGAUGUGCCAUGGAUGGAACUUAAUUACUUAAGUUGUAACCAUAUGAGGAUAUAUUCCAGCUAGCUGUUAGCUUAUAACUACUGCAAAUCUAUAGUUAUCAGUUAUGAACUGAACACAAAGGCAGUAUAAAUUCAUUAUAUAGUGGAACCCUGUUAAUCUGGUCACCAGUGGGCCACAAAAAUCAGGCCAUAUUACUGGGGUGGGGGUAUAAAAGGGGUUCUCAAAAAAAAAAAAAUGACUGAGCGGAAUUUUUGUUUGGGCCAGAGUAAAGUGGUUGUAUUAACAGGGUGUUCAUAAGGCAGGGUUCCACUGUAGUGAGAUAUUGAAUACAAAUCCUUAAAAGGGCUUACCUUAAAAAUAAUAAAAAAUAAAAUAAUGUUAAGGUUUGCUGUUAGGUCUAAUAGAAAAGAUAGACUACAAUUGAAUUAUAAGUUCUAGAAGUACAGAUGCUUUGUAAUGAUACUUAAUUUUUGUAACAUAAGAAUUUCUUUAUGGGUAUCAAUAAAUAUUUUCAUGCUAA